AUGGUGAAUAUUCUGAUUGAUAUCAGAAAUUAUGCUUCAACCACCAAGGACCAAUCUAAGGGUCAGGCUGUGCAAGUUUCGGUACCAUUGGUACCAACGGUCUCAACGGUUCCUGUGAACCCUAAUGAGAAACCGGAUAAGUUCACUGGGGUGAACUUCAAAACGUGGCAGCAGAAAAUUCUUUUCUAUCUGACAACAUUGAAUCUUGCGAGAUUCUUAAAAGAGGAUCCUCCCUUUAUUGGAGAGGAUGAGAUAGAUGUGCAAACUCAGCAAGCAAUUGACGCUUGGAAGCACGCUGAAUUCCUGUGUAGGAAUUAUCUUCUGAAUGGCUUAUCUGACACUCUAUAUGGUGUGUACAGUGUGAAGAAAACAACCAAAGAAUUGUGGAACUCUUUGGACCACAAAUAUAAGGUUGAAGAUGCUGGCGCCAAGAAAUUCUUGGUUGGUCAAUUCUUGAACUUCAAGAUGGUAGACUCCAAGAAUGUGAUAAGCCAAGUGCAAGAGCUUCAAUUGAUCAUCCACGGGAUCCAUGCUGAAGGAAUGGUUUUGAGUGAAUCAUUCCAAGUAGCUGCAAUUAUUGAGAAGCUACCCCCUGCAUGGAAAGACUUCAAGAACUAUUUGAAGCACAAGCGAAAGGAAAUGAGUGUUGAAGAUCUCAUUCUCAGACUUCGCGUUGAAGAGGAUAACCAAGGUAAUGAGAAGCGAAUCUUGAAUCCUAAUGCUGCCAAGGCAAACUUGAUGGAGCAUGAUAGAGGCUCAAAGGGGAAGAAUCCUAAGCACAAGCAAGGGCCCAAGUUGGGACCGAAAGGUGGAAUUGCAAAGAAGUCAAAGUUCCAAGGGAAGUGCUUUAACUGUGGCAAGAUGGGACAUAAAUCAUCUGAGUGCAAAUUGCGCAAGAAGAAAGGCAAUGAGACCUAUAUGGUGGACGCGAUAUCCCAAGAGGUCGCUGAAUUAGACUUAUGUGCCGUGGUCUCUGAAGUCAACCUGGUGGAUGUGAAUCCAAAGGAAUUGUGGCUCGACAUUGGAGCUACUCGUCAUAUAUGUGCAAACAAGUCAUCAUUCUCUGAUCUGACUACACUGGAAAAUGGAGAGAAGCUCUAA